AUGGACAUCCCGCCGCCGGGAGCUGGCAGCACUGAAUGUGUCGCUCCAUUAUUUGAGUAUCCCAAAAUACUAGGACCUCCGAACGUCCAACAGGGAUCGGACGACAAAGUUGGCAGUGACUGGUUUCCUUACCCACCCACCCCACCCAAGCAGAGCCCAGCGGUGUGUGUCGUCCAAGUCAUCGCCCCAGCCGUCGACCUAGUUACUGUAUCUGAUGGUCAGGAGCGUUUGGGUAUAAAGGGACCGUACCCUCGCCAGGGGAUGAUUUCUCCAAUAGCCGGUCUAUUCACCACUGCCCAGACGAUCCACGAACACAAAGAAAUGAUGCCCUACGUCAGCUCCUACGCGUACCCCGGUAGCAGCAGAAGCAUAUAUCCGUCCUACGGCCGCAGCAGCUAUGGAGUGCCCGUCCAGCAUUACUACGGUACUCCCGUGUCAUACGGCAGCCCGUAUGGGUAUUCGUCUUCCUACUAUGGCUCGUCCUAUGGGUCUACUACACCUAUGGUCGUCCUGCCGUCAAGACGCCAUCAUCAUCGUAGCCACCGCCGUCACCACUCUAGGAGUUACUAUUACUGA